UCCGCUUAUGAUCACAGACACGGAAGGGUCGCUGAGGUGGCGGAGCUGAGGUCCAGACCCUACGGCCAAACUCAGAGCUUAUAGUGGAUACUGACCUGGCAGUUGGGAAGAAAACACCAGAAGGGGUCCUCCUGAUGGCUACAAACAGUACAUCUCCUGGCGCACCUUCUCCUGGUGGCAUGUCCCUGUCUCUGUUACCUAUUGUCCUCCUGUCCGUGGCCCUGGUGGUGGGGCUUCCUGGCAACAGCUUUGUGGUGUGGAGCAUCCUGAAGACCAUGCAGAAACGCUCUGUCACCGCCCUGCUGGUGCUGAACUUGGCGCUGGCCGACUUGGCCGUGUUGCUCACUGCUCCCUUUUUCCUACACUUUCUGGCUAAAGGCACCUGGAGUUUUAAAGCGGCCGGUUGCCGCCUGUGCCACUACAUCUGCGGGGUGAGCAUGUAUGCCAGCGUCCUGCUUAUCACCAUCAUGAGUCUGGACCGCUCGCUGGCAGUGGCCCGCCCCUUUGUGUCCCAGAAGGUUCGCACUAAGUCCAUUGCCCGAUGGGUGCUGGCAGGCAUCUGGGUGGUGUCUUUUCUGCUGGCCACACCGGUCCUUGUGUACCGUACAGUAAAAUGUAACAACAAGACUCUGAUCUGCGAUUCGUAUUACCCCAACAACGGACAUAAGGCCUUCCAUCUGCUCUUCGAAGCCAUCACGGGCUUCCUGCUGCCCUUCCUGGCGGUGGUGGCCAGCUACUCCGACAUCGGGCGCAGGCUGCAGGCUCGGCGAUUCCGCCGCAGUCGUCGCACCGGCCGCCUGGUGGCGCUCAUCAUCCUGGCUUUCGCCGCCUUCUGGCUGCCUUACCACCUGGUGAACCUGGUGGAAGCUGGCCGCACGCUGGCCGGCUGGGGCCAAGACAGCCCCGCGGGGCAGCGGCUGAGGCUGGCCCGCUACGUGCUCAUCGCGCUGGCCUUCUUGAGCAGCAGCGUGAACCCGGUGCUGUACGCGUGCGCGGGCGGCGGCCUGCUGCGCUCAGCGGGCGUGGGCUUCGUAGCCAAGAUGCUGGAGGCCACUGGCUCCGAGGUAUCCAGCACCCGGCGCGGAGGCACCCUGUGCCAGACCCAGAAGGCCACACCUGCCUGUCCUGAGCCGGGCCCCACCGACAGCUUCAUGACCACUUCCACCCCUCCAGAGUCUUCUUCCAAGUGAACUGCAGUCAGUAGGCUGGGUGGAAAGACACUCAUAACUCUGGCCUGACCCACUUCUGUCACUGGAGGAGAGCAGGCUGGGCACUGAGCACAAGCGGAAAAGAGG